GUUAAUUGCUAAAGAUAAGAAAGGUCAAUUAUAUAUCAAACAUUAAUCAUUGCCGAAAUCGUACCAAGAUGACCCCAACUAUGCUGCUUCUACUUUUGAUAGCUGAUUGUAGUAUUCAGACGCUAAACGCUUGGAAGUCUUGUUUGUUCUGUUCCGAUGUGGUGACACCAACUGAUUGCUCAAGAAUACAAAGAUGUGGUCCAAAUGAGGAGUGCUUCACGGACAUGUAUGUAACUGCAGUCGGAGGUACACGAUAUAACUUAGGUUGUAGAGAUACAAGGCAAUGUACCCGCGCACAAGCGGACUUUGAAGACAUGGGAAAUAUCAUGAUCUGUAGUGAAUGCUGUUCUGGAAAUGUGUGUAACAAUGCUGGAUGUAAAUAUAAAGGUUAUCCAUCUCCUCGAGGCCCGAUCUGUAAUAACUGUGCGCUGCAAGCUGAUAUUGAUGACUGUGACAAAAUAACAAUGUGUCAACAGGACGAGGUUUGCAUGCUUCAGAAAGCAUUUAAUCCAGCGACACAUGAGUCUCGGUACAAAACACACUGCGAAAAAGAAGCGGUCUGUUAUGACAAAAUCCAAAAGCUCAAACGUGCAAUAGAAUCAAUAGUUGGAAAGCGACAAACACAGAACAUUCUACGUUAUGGGGGUGGUCCAUGUCUGAUGAAGUGCUGCGACACCGACAUGUGUAAUAACAACUGCAAUGGAACAUCCCAAUCUGAUUACAUUGCCAAUUAAACACUGCCUUAGAACUCACUUUAAAUAAACU